AUCACACUAGUAUUAAAUGUUCAAAUUUAGGUGUACAAAUUUUUCUCAAAAAAGAAAGAGACCAUCUCAUUCGAGAUAUUCCUUACUACCCACUAGUGUUUUUGGGAGGGCUGAUCUACGAGAAUGGUGGUGUCUUCAUCUCCGGCUUCUCAUUCAGAGAAAGAACUUGAGGAGGAGCUAAUACAUUAUGGUAUUAGGCUAAUUGCACACCCUUAUUCUAAUGAUGAGCUUCUUAGCAUCCUUGACAAAGUUGAAACCCUGCUAGUCCGGGUAGCUCAAUCCCCGCCUGAGACAAUGAAACUUGCACUCCAUCCAAUAAUGAAAGCAUUGAUUGGCUCAGAGCUUUUGUCACAUUCGGAUGAAGGCAUAAUUGUUUCAGUUGCAUUGUGUCUCAGUGAAAUAAUGAGAAUAACUGCCCCCCAACAACCAUAUGAUGAUGCUGUUAUGAAACAAAUUUUCCAGCACAUUUUAGAGACAUUUGAAAAGCUAUCGAAUAUGAAGAGUCACUGCUAUUCAAAGUCAGUGCAAAUUCUUGAAAAUGUUUCAAAGGUCAGGGCAUGUGUGAUGCUUUUGGACUUUGAAUGCGACACCUUAGUUAUUGACAUGUUCAAACUAUUUCUCAGAAUCAUCAGGUUCUCUCACUCAAUUGAUGUAUUCAAAAACAUGGAAGACAUCAUGAUUUGGAUAAUCAAAGAAUGCGAUGAAGUUUCCAGGGAGCUGUUAAUGUCCCUUCUUGAUAGCAUCAAGAAUGAAAAUCAGAAAGCUUCAUUUGCUUCAUGGAAGUUGGGACGGAAUGUCUUGAAAACAUGCUCUUCCAUAGUCAGACCUUAUGUAGUAGAAGCAGUAAAAUCAAUGAGCCUGGAUAUUUCUGGUUAUGAUGUCAUACUUGCCUCAAUAUGCCAUGAAACGACAAAUGGAGAAAGUCUGAUUGAAAAUGAGAACACACCCCUCACAGAAAGCCCGGUGGCAAUAAUGGAAUCGCAACAGGAAGCCACUCCAAAACCGGUCGAUACAAGUAAUGGAAACUUCAAAUCUGAAAGUCGAUCAAAGACAAGACUCAAUUGGGAUCAAACUGAGCAUCUAAAAGAUACUGAGAGUCCAACAGAUCUGCAACAUCAUAGUUUAGAAGGUACACAACCAGGAACAAAUCUCAGCGGACGUCCAAGGAGAAGGGUUCAGAAGUCCUUGAGAAAACAUGACAACAACUAUGUUCAUUGUAAAGUCAAUGUUUUGGGGGAGUCAUCCUUUCUAUCAGAAGAUGGAAAGCAGAUAAUGCCUCAUAUGCUUUUCCCUGUAAAUAAAUCUGUGACUACUCCAUCAAAAGGUAUUGGAAAUGCUGAUAAAAAUUUUAGGAAAAUGGGAAUGCCAAAGAAAAAUCAGGUGGAGCUAUCUUCAGAAAAAGGAUUUGAAGGGAGUACUACCAAGGCAAAACCUAUGAGGGGCUCAAUAAAGAAAGAGCCCUUUGUCCAUAAUAAUGCUGAGAAUUAUCUUGGGGAGUCACCCUUUUUAUCAGAAGAUGGGAAGCAGACAACGCCUCUUAUGCUCUCCCUUGAAAUUAAAGGCACUGCUCAACCAGUUACUACUCCAUCAAAAGAUAGUGGAAAUGCUGUUAGAAAAUUUAGGAAAAUGGGGCGGCCAAAGAAAAAUCAGGUGGAUCUAUCUUCAGAAAAAGGAUAUGAAGGGACUACUACCAAGGCAAAAAUUAAGAGGGGCUCAAGACAAAAAGAGCCAACUGUCCGGUAUGACGAUGAAAACACUCUUGGCAGAAACAUUGAAAUUAAAACGGAAGGAGGAGAUUGUAGUGCGCAUAUUUCUUUUCUUCACAAAAAUGAUAAUAUCUCUAAGAAGACUGUCAAAACUAACUCAUCAGGCAAGAAGGCUAUGCGCAAUAAAAAGGUGGCUCAGGCUGAAGAACUGGCUGGUGCAAAGAUCAAAGUUUGGUGGCCUUUGGACCAUCAGUUUUAUGAGGGAAAGGUAGCUUCUUUUGAUCAUGUGAAGAAAAUGCACAAGGUUGUAUAUGAUGACGGUGAAGAAGAAAUUUUGAAUCUUGGCAAGGAACGGUGGGAAAUGAUUAAAGAGCUUCAACCUGAUGAAGACUGUGAAGCAGCUUCUCAUGUAACUCCUGUUUCAUCAGCUAUGGAGGUGAGGAAAAAAAGAAAAGGGAAAUCUCCAAGAGAACAAACCAACAACAUUUCAGAGACAAAAAGGUCUAGACGCAAUGUGAAACAACUCACUACAGUUAAAUUCGAGCAGAACAACACAACGAGGCAAGAUGUGCUUGUGGAGGACGAAUAACCAUUGUUCUUAAACCCCUAAACACAAAAAUUUGGUGAGAAUGGGUAUGUAAACUCCUUGUUCUUUGUCUUGCAUUGGGCCUGUGAAUAUUCUUGAUUUCGCUGUAGGGGUAUUCUUGUUUAGUUUGAGUUGACACUUGAAAGAUAGCAUUCUGUUAUUUUAGCGUGGUGCUUCAAGCUAUUCUUCAAAUAUAUCAUAAAGGUAUAAAAUGGAU